AUGGGGAUCAAGAAGUCAACCAAGAAGUUCGAGAAGAACCGCCUUAGGGACACAAUUGACCGGCGGCGAGAAUUUUCAAAAGUCAAACAGCGCCAUCAAGUCAAAGAUAAAAAGAAGGCCAAAAACGCGGCAAAGCUCGAAGAAGCUGCCAGACAGGAAAGCGAGAAGAAAUCGACCUCAGAUGCCAAGCAGGAUGCUUCGUUUGCGGAUAUGGCCGUAGACGACUUUUUCGCUGGCGGCUUUGAAAUUGCAGAUGCACCGGCAGCUACGAAAUCUUCCAAGAAACAGAAAAAGGACGUCGCGCCGAAGACAGGUAAAAGAAAGCGUAUGGAAGAGAAAGAAGAGGUUGACAUGCAAGCUGGAACGGAUAAUGAUGAUAGUGAAAUGGAAUCGGGCGAAGAGUCGGACGAGAGUGGCUCAGACAACUUGGAGGCUCACAAAGAUCAGUUGGAGGCCUUGAAGGAUAAAGACCCUGAAUUCUACAAAUACCUUAAAGAGAAUGAUGCAGAACUUUUGGCAUUUGGAGACCAUGGAGACUUUGCUGAGAUUGACGAGCUCAGCGAAGCCGAAGGAGAGGAAGCUCCCGCCGCGAAAAAGUCCAAAAAGUCCAAGCAGCGCGAAGAAACGGACUUGAUGCCUGAAAAAACACUCAAGAUGCCAGUGAUAAAACAGUGGCAGAAGUCGAUGUUAUCUCAACAUUCAUUACGAGCCACAAGGCAGGCUGUACUAGCAUUCCGUAUUGCCGCCUACGUUGAUGAGGGGGAUAACGAAGACCGAAAAUACACCAUCUCCGACCCAGAUGUAUACCACCAAGUUCUGAUAACUGCGCUUGAAGAAGUCCCGAAAGUAUUGAAUUACCAUUUGCCGGUCAAAGAAACCGCUGGCGGGAAAAUACGAGUUACUCUCGACUCAAAGAAGUUCAAAACCUUGACGCCGCUCAUCAAAUCUCAUGUCUCCUCCAUUCACCAGCUCCUCACUACCCUUUCUGACGCCGCAGCCUUGAAGCUCACGAUAUCUUCUAUUGAGCCCAUGCUUCCGUAUAUUUUACAAUUCCGAAAGCUGCUCAAAGCCCUGAUUAAGACGGUUGUUGGUCACUGGUCCGAGGCAUCAAACACAGAGGCUACGCGUAUCACCGCCUUUUUGAUACUUAGGAAGCUACUGGUCAUUGGGGAUGCUGGAAUUCGAGAAGCAGUUUUGAAAGCCAGCUAUGAGGGUGUCGUUAAAGGUAGUCGCAACACUUCAGUUCACACUCUUCCCGGGAUAAACCUGAUGAAGAACUCUGCGGCAGAGCUCUGGGGUAUUGACCAGAAUAUUUCCUAUACCACAGGAUUCACCUUCAUUCGACAGCUUGCUAUCCAUUUGAGAGGCAGCAUUACCAAUCCAACCAAGGAUUCGUACAAGGCUGUUUACAACUGGCAGUAUGUACACUCGCUGGAUUUCUGGUCUAGAGUUCUGGCAGCCCACUGCGAUCCUCUGGUCGAAGCUAAGGCGGGAAAGCAAUGUGCACUCCGCCCUCUGAUAUAUCCUGUUGUUCAGAUUAUCCUUGGCGCUAUGCGGCUCAUCCCUACAGCUCAGUACUUCCCUCUUCGUUUCCAGCUCACACGAUCUCUUCUCCGACUGUCCCUUUCUACUGGAACCUACAUACCUCUGUCAUCUGCCCUAUUAGAAGUUUUGAACUCCGCAGAGAUGAAAAAGCCCCCAAAGGCAAGCACAUUACGGCCCCUGGAUUUUUCAACCACCAUUCGUACGCCCAAAUCAUAUCUUAGAACCCGGGUAUACCAAGAUGGUGUUGCUGAGGAGGUUUCCGAACUUCUUUCCGAAUACUUUACUCUUUGGACCAAGAAUAUCGCUUUCCCUGAACUUGCACUUCCGGUGAUCGUGAUGCUUAAGCGUUGGCUCAAAGAAGUUUCAUCUCGUUCCUCGGGGAACAAGAAUCCCAAGGUAUCCCAGAUUUUCAUGCUCUUGGUACAGAAAAUUGAGGCAAAUUGCCGUUGGGUUGAAGAGAGAAGGGCAAAGGUUACAUUUGCUCCUAGGAACAGGGCAGAAGUAGAAGGGUUUUUGAAAGAAACUAAAUGGGAUACGACUCCCCUCGGUGCAUUCGUCAAAACCCAACGAGUCCAGAGGGCCGAACGAGCAAAGCUACUAGAAAGCACCAGAGAGCAAGAGAGGCAGAAUAAGAAAAAGAAUAAAGCCGAUGACAGCGAGGAUGCCAGUAUGGCAGAGGAUGACCCUAGUGAUGGCGAGUAA